GUCUGACUGGCUCACGAACUCAGCAUCACUACAAGCUUUUAUUAAGCAUCCUCCGUCUCAUCCGAGGAUCAUUGCUCCCGUCCGUUCUCCUCCCUUUCAGGCGGGCGGUUUUCGGACGUGAUGGCCGAACAUGGAGUGGAUCUUUCCGCCUUGCCCAAAGAGAUUCGAGACCAGCUGGCGGAACUAGACCUAGAGCUAUCCGAGGGUGACAUCACUCAGAAGGGCCAUGAAAAGAAGAGGACAAAGCUCCUCGCGCCAUUCCUGGUGCAGUCUCCGGGAGUCCCUGCUAAGAGUCCUGGGCGCACAGCCUGCUCCACCGCGUCCUCGUCAGGAUCGUCCACACGCCAUCGCCGUCCCCACCAUAGCGGAUACAGAGAUGAGCGCUACAGAUCAGAUGUCCACUCUGAGGCUGUGCAGGCUGCUCUGGCCGUGCAUGAAGAGGAGAAGCUGGCACUGCCCAUGCCCACCAAGCGCCGCUCCACAUACGUGCCCACUCUCACCAAGCCCAAGACACCUCCAGACACCUCGUCCUCGUCAGAGGAGGAUGACGAUGAUGAUGACGACGAGGAGGAAGAUGAGGACAGCGGCGGCCUCCAGUCCCCUGACUCCGCCCCCGAGGGGGCCCCUCAACCUGGCUCCUCCUCCACCUCCUCCUCCUCCGCCUCCUCCACGCUCUCCUCCGACCAGAGCAGCGGGGUGCCGACGCACCAGCACCCGCACCCGCAGACGCAGCCCAUGCACGCCGCGCACUCGCACACGCACUCACACGCGCACGCCGCCCAUCCCUCCCACGCUGCUGCGGGUGCCAGCGCCAGUGUCAGCUCCAGCAGUGGGUUCCCCCCUCCCCCUCCACCCGAGCCAACCCCUCCACCACCCCCGCACUCACAGUCGCAUCCCGUAGCGCUCACCGAGACCAUGGGACACGUACGCAUCGACCUGGGUGCAGUGGGCCAGCGGAUGUCGCGUGUUGACCGGCCGAGCAACACCAUCCGGGGCAUGACUCACGUGCAGGGCCGGGGCACCAUCAUGGAGACCGCCGAUGGUGUGCCGAUCUCCAGUAGGGUCUCCACUAAGAUCCAGCAGCUCCUGAACACCCUGAAGAGGCCCAAGAGGCCUCCGCUCAGCGAGUUCUUCAUGGACGACCAGGAGGAGAUCGUGGAGGUCCCCCAGCCGGAUCCCAGCAUCCCGCGGCCUGAGGGCAGGCAGACCAUCCCGGUCAAGGGAGAGCCGCUGGGCGUGGUCAGCAACUGGCCUCCAUCUCUGCAAGCCGCAUUGGCCCGCUGGGGUGCCACUCAGAGCAAGAGCCCCGCCCUCACCGCGCUCGACAUCAGUGGCAAACCGCUAUACACGCUCACCUACGGGAAACUGUGGACUCGCAGUCUGAAGCUGGCCUACACUCUCCUCCACAAGCUCGGAGCCAAAAACGAACAGCUGCUCAAACCCAAGGACAGGGUGGCGCUGGUGUACCCCAAUAGUGACCCGGGCAUGUUCUGGGUGGCCUUCUACGGCUGCCUGCUGGCGGAGCUCAUACCAGUGCCCAUAGAAGUGCCCCUCUCACGCAAGGAUGCGGGCAGCAGUCAGGUGGGGUUCCUGCUGGGGAACUGUGGCGUGAGUCUGGCACUGACCAGUGAGGUGUGUCUGAAGGGCCUACCCAAGACACCCACAGGGGAGAUACUGCAGUUCAAAGGCUGGCCUCCACUGAAGUGGGUGGUAACUGACCCCAAGUAUCUGACUAAGCCCUCCAAGGACUGGCAGCCUCACAUCCCCACAGCCAACACAGACCCUGCAUACAUAGAGUAUCGAGUCAGUAAGGAGGGGACGGUGAUGGGAGUGGCCAUCUCCAAGGUAGCCAUGCUAACACACUGCCAGGCGCUAACUCAGGCCUGCAGCUACUGCGAGGGGGAGAUACUGGUCAGUGUGCUGGACUUCAAGAAGGACAUGGGAUUAUGGCACGGCGUUCUCACAGCUGUGAUGAACCGUAUCCACACCAUCAGUGUGCCCUACUCCGUGAUGAAGGCCUGCCCUCUGUCUUGGGUCCAGAGAGUCCAUGUUCAUAAAGCGCGGGUGGCGGUGGUGAAAUGUCGCGACCUACAUUGGGCCAUGAUGUCCCAUCGAGAGCAGAGGGAAGUCAGCCUGUCGUCGCUACGCAUGCUCAUCGUUGCUGAUGGAGCCAACCCCUGGUCUGUGUCGUCCUGUGAUGCCUUCCUGAACAUAUUCCAGUCCCACGGCCUCAAACCCGAGGUCAUUUGUCCCUGCGCCUCGUCUGCUGAGGCUAUGACAGUCGCCAUUCGGAGGCCGGGUAUGCCUGGGUCUCCCCUCCCAGCGCGUGCUGUGUUGCCCCUCUCUGGUCUCAGUCACGGUGUCAUCAGGGUCAACACAGAGGACAAGAAGACUGCACUCACCGUACAGGACGUAGGACACGUCAUGCCUGGAGCACUGAUGUGCAUCGUGAAGCCUGAGGGUCCUCCAAUGCUGUGUAAGACGGAUGAGAUCGGAGAGCUGGUGGUGAACUCACGGGCAGGAGGCACCCUCUACUACGGACUACCGGGACUCACCAAAAACACCUUUGAGGUGAUUCCUGUGAAUGCCAGUGGGGCUCCCAUUGGGGAGAUCCCGUUUGUGCGGUCUGGGUUGCUGGGAUUCGUGGGACCGGGCAGUCUGAUCUUCGUGGUGGGGAAGACGGAGGGUCUGUUGAUGGUGAGUGGGCGGCGGCAUAACGCUGAUGACCUCGUGGCCACCACGCUAGCUGUGGAGCCAAUCAAAACGGUCUAUCGCGGACGGAUAGCGGUGUUUGCUGUAAGUGUGUUCUAUGAUGAGAGGAUCGUGAUCAUAGCAGAGCAAAGACCAGAUGCAUCAGAGGAGGACAGCUUCCAGUGGAUGAGUCGAGUGCUUCAGGCCAUAGACAGUAUCCACCAGGUGGGUCUGUACUGCUUGGCACUGGUGCCUGCCAACACGUUGCCCAAGACACCACUAGGGGGCAUCCACUUGUCGGACACGCGCCAGCUGCUCCUGGAGGGGGCGCUGCACCCAUGCAACAUCCUCAUGUGCCCGCACACCUGCGUCACCAACCUGCCCAAACCACGCCAGAAACAACCAGUGGGUGUUGGACCUGCAUCCAUCGUGUUGGGUAACUUGGUUGCCGGGAAACGUAUAGCAUCAGCUGCAGGGAGAGAACUGGGAAUGAUGGAGGACCAGAACAUCGUCAGGAAGAUGUGCAUGUGGCCCACUAUGAUGCAUCAGUUCCUAUCGGAGGCUCUGCAGUGGAGGGCCCAGACUGAUCCGGAUCAUGUGCUCUAUGUGCUGCUCAAUGCCAAGGGUACUGCAGUGUGUACUGCUACGUGUCUGCAGCUUCAUAAGCGAGCUGAGAAGGUUGCGGCUGCCCUCAUAGAGAGGAGUGGCAUCAACACUGGAGAGAACAUCGUGCUGCUCUACCCUCCAGGUAUUGACCUGAUCGCUGCAUUCUACGGCUGCCUGUACGCUGGCUGUGUUCCAGUCACCGUAAGGCCCCCUCACCCCCAGAACCUUCCGGCUACACUCCCCACCGUCAAACUCAUCGUAGAUGUGUGUAAGGCGGCUGGCAUCCUCACCACACAGUUCAUGGUGAAGAUCCUGCGCUCUAAAGAGGCAUCCGCCUCCGUCAACAUCAAGACCUGGCCCAUCAUCAUAGACACAGAUGACCUUCCCCGUAAGCGACCUCCUCAUAUCUACAAGCCACCCUCUCCUGACGUCGUCGCGUACCUCGACUUCAGCGUGUCCACCACGGGCAUGCUCACUGGGGUCAAGAUGUCCCAUACAGCGGUGACGGCUCUAUGUCGUUCCAUUAAGCUGCAGUGUGAGCUCUACUCUUCGCGCCAGGUGGCCAUCUGCCUAGACCCCUACUGCGGCAUGGGCUUCGCCCUGUGGUGCCUCGCCAGUGUGUACUCGGGCCACCAGUCCGUGCUGAUCCCCCCUGCGGAGCUGGAGUUGUCUCUGUCCCUGUGGAUGACGGCGCUGUCCCAGAACCGCAUCAGGGACACCUUCUGCUCCUACAGCGUCAUGGAGCUGUGCACCAAGGGCCUGGGCGGACAGACAGACAGCCUCAAGGCGCGGGGAGUGAACCUGUCGUGCGUGCGUUCGUGUGUGGUGGUGGCGGAGGAGCGUCCGCGGCUGGCCCUGACCCACUCCUUCUCCAAGCUCUUCAAGGAUGUGGGCCUCUCCUCACGGGCCGUCAGCACCACCUUCGGGGCACGGGUCAACCUCGCCAUCUGCCUACAGGGAACAACUGGACCAGAUCCAUCUACAGUUUAUGUGGAUAUGAAAUCCCUAAGACACGACAGGGUUCGGUUGGUGGAGAGGGGAGCGCCCCAAUCUCUCCCACUUAUGGAGUCAGGAAUGAUUCUGCCCGGCGUGAGAGUCGUCAUUGUGAACCCAGAGACUCGAGGCCCACUUGGAGACUCCCACUUAGGAGAGAUCUGGGUGAACAGUCCCCAUUCUGCGGCUGGCUACUACACCAUCUAUGGAGAGGAGAACCUGCAGGCUGAUCACUUUAACGUGCGUCUCAGCUUUGGGGACCCGCACACCCAGUGGGCUCGCACCGGCUACCUGGGCUUCAUCAAGAGGACCGAGCUCACAGACUCCACUGGAGGUCCUCAUGAUGCCCUGUUUGUGGUGGGCUCCCUGGACGAGACUCUGGAGCUGAGGGGCCUUAGGUAUCACCCCAUCGACAUCGAGACCAGCGUGUCACGCGCACACCGCAGCAUCGCAGAGAGUGCGGUGUUCACGUGGACCAACCUGCUGGUGGUGGUGUCGGAGCUGUGCGGGUCGGAGCAAGACGCGCUGGACCUGGUUCCCGUGGUGACGAGCGUGGUGCUGGAGGAGCACCACCUGAUCGUGGGCGUGGUGGUGGUGGUGGACCCCGGUGUCAUCCCCAUCAACUCGCGCGGCGAGAAGCAGCGCAUGCACCUGCGCGACUCCUUCCUAGCCGACCAGCUGGAUCCCAUCUACGUGGCCUACAACAUGUGAGCAGCAUCACCGCAGGAUAGCCAGCUGGCCUCCCAAACAUUGGGGGGCGCUGUUUGGACACGCACACAGACACAGACAUCUACAUCAAGGAGGAAGCUGGGGUGAGGGAAACCUGAGGUCAGCCAAUGCAGUGACAGGACAAUGGAGAAUGGUCCUUCCUUCCCCACACGGUUAUAAAACAAUGAAUAUGCCUCCCACAUCUGCAGGCAGGGGGAAAACAAUCACCCUCCCUCCCGCCGUCACAGUGUAAGAUGUGAAGUGAAACUCCUCAUUCGCAGAGGGGAAUAAAAGAACGUACCGGACAGAAAGAGAAGAGGAGAUCUCACGAAUGACGCACUAUGGCUAACAUAGAGGAGAGUGAGUGGAGGAGGAUUAUGAAAUGGCACAAGAAUCUAGCCUGUGUUUGUUUGUGAGGUCAUCUCUUUCUGGACGAAAAAAAAAAAUAGAUAAGUCCAGUCUGUCCUACUCGUAUAUAACGUAAGAAGUGACAAGACUUGUAAAAGAUGAAGUUUAUUUUUCUCAGAGUAACGAACAAAGAGGAAAUCUGAACGAAAAAAAAGUGUCCUAAGUGAGUGUAAGUGAAAGUGUAUGUUUAAAAUUGUAUUGAUUACUCAUGAAUACAGGAAAUACUCAAUGGUCGUUUAAAGGUCAUGGAACGCUUAACCAGCACACAGGCACAUUCCAACCUUGCCUUGCAGUCUAACUAUGCAUCUCGACAGUGCAACUUUGCAACAUGGGCUGGGAGUACAGCACAGUACAUCUUGCAGCAUUAAUUCAAUACUUAGAGAGAAGCACCAACACUAGUAGUCAGAUGGUGGUACUCUGUCAGACGUCGGUACUCCCCCUUUUUUUAACAAAUGCCCCUCUGACCACAUCAUAAUGACAAUGCACCCCCAUCACCCAAUCAUGUACCACACCAAACAAACCACCCCCCACCCCAACACACACAGAAGAAAGGCAGUUGUAGAGCCCCUGUUAAGGGACACUACUUUAAGUGUUGAAUUAACACUGUGCAGUUGACUGUGUAGGUGCUCCAUGGGUUGGUUUACUCCUUCACAUUCUCCCCCCAAUUCGCAUGUCAGCGUUGUGGGGGCGCAUUUGCCAAAUUAUCACAAUGCCAAUUAGCUUUUUUUAAAAACCAUACAUUAUGUGUGUUUGAAUUUAUAUGCUGUCUGUUGUUUUGUAAACUACGCAGGCAGUUAGUUAGUGAGUCGUCUCUCAGGUUGCUGACUGUGUGGGUAGGUUUUUGCAACGUGUUGAUUUGCUUCGUCAGGUGGGACCUGGGUAUUCCAAAAACCUGGUACUGUAGUGAAGCAGGUUACGUUAACCUUGAGGUAGUGGUAAAUCAUCUAAUAGAAGAGCCUGGCGCCCUUGUUUUCUUAACUAAACGACACAUGUGGGUUAUUUAUUACCAGGUUUACCACUGUAGGUUAAUUCAACCAGCUUUAUCACUUAAGCAUGUUCUUGGAAUACCCCCCUGGGCAUCAGUAGGUGUUUUCUGCCGAGGAUGCAACUGGGAUAGCCUGGUUCUCACCGACGGUGCAUGUGUGUAGCUCCGCUCCACCAGGGGGCUCCAGAGCUACACACACGCGCCGUCGGUGAGAACCAGGCUACAGUCGGGAAAGAUAAUGUGAAUAUAUACAGAAAGGGGAAACGUCUGCAUUGAACAGGCAAUGUUGCUCCCUCUUUUUUUAUUUUUAAUGAUGAUGUUUUGGGCCACUCAACCUUCAGAGAGCAGCAACAUUGGCUGAUGCAGAUUUCUUUCCCAGGGUGACUGAGCAUCAGGAUUUAACCACUCAUUUCGAAUAAUGUGAAGGAAAUAGAUCACUUGCACUCCUCUGCAGGUGUGUUGAGUAAGAACAGAGAUCAAAAUUCAGAAUUAACACACCGCACUGUCCAUUUUGGAAAGCAGUUGUUUUUAUUUAGUUCAAUGUUUGGCCUCAGCGCUUUGUCAGUUAUUUUAUAUUUUUUGUAUUGUUUUGCUUAAAACAACCUGCUGAAAUUCUGAGGACUGAAACAUGAUGUUAAACUAGUUGCAAAAUGGACGUUGUGGGGAUUUUAUUCUGUAUUCCUAAUGCGCAUUAUGCACAGUACCAUACAGCAAUGCUGCAACAGUGACCAUUUUAUAUUCAAAUUGGCUGGCAUGUUAACCAAAGGGGAGGAUUAGGUUUUUAGUUUUGGUAUUUUUUUAAAAACCUUUCCAGUCAUUGCACAGCCUUCGCAGAUCUCACCUCUCUCUGAUGUGAAGGCUAUCGCUAAUGCGCUAAUGUUUACACGCACCUCAGUCUGCCGAGGCACUAGACUGGCCGAACUGAAGCUGAUUCAGGUACUCAUCCGUCCCUGACUCCCCCAUAGAUAUGAACACUAGGGGCACACUCCAUUAACCAAACUCCCGUGCACAACUUGCACUUGUGGACUCGCGCUUCGUUGACGUCCCACCUCCGUGGGGAAAAACAAUUCUCCACUGUCAGCCCUAGGCACAAUUACAUUUGGGGGACAUUUCCCCAUUCAACAUCACGGUUGCAAAUCGUGAGGGAAAUAUGCCCUAAAUUGCACUUGUGCGAGAUAUUGAAUUAAAUUUCUAUCGUCAAUGACAUCACAAGGCCACAAGCACAAGGGAGGACGGGAGUUUAGAUCAUGGAAUGUACCCUGGAUAUUGUGCUGACUAAUUCCUCGUAUUGGAACGAAUGGCUGAUGUCAUAGAUGUUCAUUACUGCCCUAAGAUGGUGGCACCCAGGGUUUGGCCACGCCAAAAGGCUGAAAACAGCAGCUAGUGUUCAUAUCUAUGUGACUCCCCCCCCACCAGAUGCAGAGCUCAUCCCUGCUCUGAGUGGCACGGAUGGGCCAGUUCACUCACAAGCAAGGGCAGGCGACACCCGACACCCGUCCUCAAAGGGGUCCUAAAGCCUCAACUACAGGGAUGCACCGAUCAAGUCCUAGUGUACAGUACAUAGUAGAGCCUGUAGUACACACUGCACUACAGUUUGAGACAUAUUGGACCACUACCAGUCACAAUCUGGACCUCUAUCGGCCAGUAUGAGGUUCAGAUGAGCUUAGAGAAGUCCGUCCUCAAUUGUAACUAUCGUAGGACCUACAUAGUGAACCCCUGUAAUUUGAUUGGCCCCUCAGUAUCUGGUGAUGUCAUCUCAGUGGACCCGUUUCUUCAUUUUGGUUGGCACCAUGGUGGCGUUAUCAUUGUAAAGACCUUUUUGAAAUAUCGUUUCCAUGGUGACCUGUAUCAGCCCCUACCUACCUACCACAUAUGAUCUGCACUUUUGUUUUUCGUGUGAGUCCUUAAUAUUCAGUAGUGAUGCAUUAUUGUAUAUUCAUGUAUAUGUUGUAAUGAAUGUAAUUGAGCUGUAUAUAGAACAAAAAUAUGAAAACCUCUUUUCCUACACUAACAUAAUACAGACACAGAAACAUGCACGUGCAAACACAACGUUCUGCAAGAAAAGAACUUUUUUAAAAAGAGGAAUCGGUGCAUCCCUGCUUCGCAAUGACAGUGUCAGACAUUUUUGUUUUUUUUUUCAUGAAGGAUUUCUACUGUUUGACAAGUCAAAAAGCCAUGUGCUGUUCUAAGCCACACUAUGGACAUUCCAACAGGAACACUAACACCACCUCUUCUGUUUGUACACAUUUAAACGAAUCACUUAUUUUUCUCAUAUUUCUCUCAUAUUUCUCCUAAGCUCAUGUAACUGCUGUUUUUAACAGUAAUGUUAUGCACAAAAUAUUGUUUCAAAAAUAUUAGUUUCAAGCAAUACAUCUUUGUGCAUGGUCAUUGUGAAAUGUACUUAUGUAUUUACACUAGACGUGUAGGACCGGAUAUGUAACUGAGGAGAGCUGAGAGAAAGUGAAAGUGAAAGUGAAGCGACUGAUGAAUAGAAGUGAAUUAAAGGGCGACGUCCAGGGUGA